AUCGAAAAUUCUCAUUGUCAUCUCUAAGCGGAUAAAAAACAGAACAUAAAUACAGAUUAAUAAUAAUAAUUUCAAACUUAUUAACAUUGUAAAAAAUUAAUACAUGCCCCUUCGUGAUGCAAUUUAAAGACUAAUGCACUGGGAGCAUGGAAAACGACCAUGAUUAUGUUGCAAGUGGUGGUAGUUCUCCACCAAAUAUUAAUAUUGUGCGAAGUCGCAGGAACAUAAUGAGAUUGUCCACCCAAGCUCUCUCAAACACGGACCACAACUAUGUGUUUGCUCCCGUCUCAAGUGCAAGCAGCGGCAGCAGCAUCACUUUCAGUGGAAAUAGCAGGUCAGUAGAAGAGGAUUUAUUUCUAGACGACGACGAUGAUAACGGCGACGGUGACCAAGAUGAUGGUAGAAGUUCCGAAGCUGGGCCAUCCGAUGGAGUUUCAAGUCAAAUGUCCGGUGAUAGCAGUGCACCUUCAGAAGAACGCCCAAAUGGGAUGAAUUUUUCGGCGGAAGAUAGUAAUGGGAGUUCAGAAACAAAUCCUUCCGAUGGUGCCUCAAACGCCACAUCAAACGUUUCUACAGUAGAAGCGGAAUCUGAUACAAACUCUUCUGAAGCUACAACAAGUGCAGCGGUUUCUUCGAGGGAAAUUGCAGCAAAUGAGGCAGAGGCAGAGGCUCCAGUUCCUAGUCAAAACGAACCAUUGCAAAGAUUUCUAAAUGUUAUUAACCUUGAUUCACCGUCGCCACCAAAGAAACGUAAACGGCUUUCGUUGGAACAAAGCAAUAAGAAUGGAACUCCUAAAGUUAAAUCAAAGUCUGGCUCUGGGGAUGACGACGACGAGGAUGAUGGACUCACUUGUCCCAUAUGCCUUGAUAAUUGGGAAAUGUCAGGUGAGCAUCGGUUGUCUUCAUUAAAGUGUGGACAUUUGUUUGGAGAGUCCUGCAUUCGACGUUGGCUUCAGGAGAGCGCACGUCAGUCGGGUCUUAAAGUAUGCCCCCAAUGCAAAACUAAGGCCCAUCCCAAAGACAUACGUUACUUGUAUGCCAAGCGUUUAAGAGCCAUCGAUCGCAGCGAAGAACAUCGCAUGCGGGAUGAACUGAAUCAGGAACGUUCCAAAAAUCAUGCUUUGGAAUUAGAACUUGCCACAACAAAAUUAUCUUACGCCCAAGUAAAUCAAAAAAUAAAAUUACUAGAAGCUGAUAAUGAAUCACUUAAGUUGUUGCUGCGUAAAGGUGGUGGCAGUGCGUGUAGCGCCGCUACUAGUCUAGAAGUUGGAAAGGGUAUGGCAAGCUUAGUUACCUAUAAAAUGUUCAUGGAAAAGAAUAUAGAGCUAUCUAGGGAGCCAGGCUGCCGAGUUAUGAAAUAUGCAGAGCAUCAUUCAGCCCUCAUUGUUUCGCAAAAGAGUUCACUGGGCCUGUUUCUUGGCUAUGGUUUGCGUUUUGUGGACACACCAACGUUUAAACCAUCAAAUUUCUUACACACAUCGAUCAAAAUGGUGCGAGACAUAAGCCUCUCUGAUGACCAACAGAUGUUGGUUGUUGCAAGUAUGGAACAAAAAGCAAAACUCUUCGAUCUACGCACACUUCAAGCGGUGUCAUUAUUUAAACCCGAUGAAAGACCCAUAUGGUCAUGUGCCAUUGCUCGCAAAGAAAGUGAAUACUACCUUUAUUUAGGAUCUCAACAUGGCAGCACAUAUGUCUACGAUAUACGUUAUCCAGAGACAUUUCUGGACGAGCAUCAAACAGAGGGUGGUCCAGUAAUACAAAUUGAAUCAGUGCCAGAAAGUUCCACAUUUCCUUGUGGUGGAUUUAUAAUAUGUAAACUGACGUCCUUGUGGUUUUACGAAAAUAUUCAAGGUGGCGGAGUAAAUGCCACAAGGCUAAACGUUGAAGGUCGCCUUAUUUCUAUGAGCUAUGACAGUAAUAACCAAACUCUACUUGUCCAGACGAGAAGUUGUCAGCGCUUUGUUCAGGCUCGCCAAAUCCUUGGUCGCUUGACCAAAGUCGAUAACAUUCCUGUGUUCGAGUUGAAUGUCACCUUUUUCGCAUACACAAAUAGUCCCGUCAUGGUUCGCUCCACACAAAUCGCGGUUGAGUCAAAUACCCUGGUGGCUGCCUAUAUUCAAGAUAAGAAAUUACUUUCUGUUUAUAAUGCUAGUUCCGAGCAGUGUAUACAGUCCUUGCCCGUACAAGAAGUUGUCUAUGAUACUUGUCCAGUGUAUGUAAAAAAUCUUACGUAUUUGGCUGCCUUGACUGAAUCCAAAUGCAGACUAUACAAACUAACGACUUCAACUUAGAUAAGAGUUUCCUACAUUUUUUUCUUAAUUGAUAAGUCUAUUUACCCAUUAACUGAUGAAAGGACAACUAACUAAACAAUUCGCCAUUUUCGAACUUUAUACCUUAUUUUUAUAUAAUGAAUACCUACAUUUAAUAUGUUGUACAGUUGUAAGAUUGUGUCAUCCAGUGUCCGUUCAAUAAAAAUAUGUUUAAAAUGUCA